AGCAUCGACGUCAUCGACAUCAUCCUUGGCACAACACAAUAUCACUCAAGCAACUAUUCAUCAUCAUCAGCACACAGAGAAUCCUGAAAAGCCUGCGCACGAACAUCUCGAACGAACCGGACAGCAUCACGACUCACGACCUCCACCUUUCAACGCAUUCCACCUCUUCCCGUCGACCAUGAUCACGAUAGACCUAUCCACCUUGCAACCGUACAGCCCCUCGGUCCUACCUAUCAUCACUCUACCUUUCAUCCUUCUCUACGUACAAGCCUACUUGUUGCUAAAGUAUGGAAAGCAGACGGGACCUCGCUUGGUCAGGGCGGCUCUGCUGCCCGUUGGUCUUUGGAGCAUUGGGAAGGCGUGGCUGGGAUAUAGGAUCAUGACUCCGAAAUACAACAUCUUCAACUUUGCAUUCGGAUGCGCUGCCGUAUUCUAUACCGUCCUCCUCUUCUCCUACUCUCUUAUUCCCACAGGACCCCACCGAACACACCGAACAACCCCCUCGCUCGACGCAGCCCACCUGAUCUGCUCAUCCCGUCUCGUGGGCUGGUCCUCAGGAACCCCUUUAGCGCCCCCUCCAUACCCUGACCUCCCCACGGACGUCGCCGAGAAGAAGUUCGCCAUCGACCAGCUCAAGAUGGCGGCUUAUCAUUACUUUUGGAGCGAUGCGACCAUGUACGCGUUUCAUGGGCUUGGGUACAGGGGGAUUGGGAGGCCGCAAGGUGGUAGCGUGGCGCAGGCGGUAGGAGGAUGGAUCAGGAUGAUGGAGCGGUGGGGGUGGGUCAGGGAAGGGUUGAGUGGGGAGAAGGCGAGUUGGGAGCGAUGGGUUCUGGAAGUUGGAUUCAGGUGGUGGGUUGGAGGAGCGAUGGGGUUUGCGUUUUACCAGGCCCUCUGUCUAGGCUACCACAUCAUGGCUUUCGUCGGCGUCAAAUUCUUGGGCAACCCGUCGUCCGAGUGGCCGAGACUGAUGAACCAGCCUUGGAGGUCGACGAGCUUGUUGGAGUUUUGGGGGAAGAGGUGGCAUCAGAUUUUCCGACAAGCAUUCACUGUCCCCACGCGCCUCGUACCCAAGAAAUACCGUUCCCUCGUCGCCCCCUUUUUCGCCUUCUUCAUCUCGGCGGCGAUGCACGAAUUCGGCACGCUCACACUCGUCGGUCACACCUCGCCAAACUGGGCAGUCGCCAAAUCCUUCAUCCUCAUGGCGUGCGGGAUGACGUGCGAGAUUCUCUUUCGCCGGAUCACGGGCAAACGGGUCCAAGGCCCGGUCGGCUGGGUAUGGACCUGGGUCUAUUUUACGACGGCGACGAUGGGCUUGGUGGAUACUUGGUUGACGAUGGGGAUCGCUGGAGGGAAACCGAUCCCGACGCCCGUCAGCUUGUCGGAUCAGCUCGUCGAGCCGUUGAGAAAACGUUACUUGGAAAAGUUGAUGGGAUGAUCUCGACGGGAUCACACUGAAGGUCUAGAGGUUCAAUUGAGCUCGAUCGAGGAACGCUAGGGACUCCGCCAUCAUCGCGUCUCUUGUUCGCUGGCGCUCCUGAUGAAACGACAUAAACUCACGACACUGCUUUUCUCUUCCUGGCCGGAAACUAUAAAGCAUAUUUUCGACACAAUCGUAUAGCCUUUCGUCUUGCGACACACGACUAGCAAGCGAGAUAUUGCCAUAUUCGACGGCAUAUAUGAGAUAUGUAGCGAAAGCGACGGAUGUAGCAUAGAGAAUUCAGAAUACAUAUUGCAUGCGUGAU